AUGGCUCGCCUGCGUGUUCAGAGAACUUCCUGCAUCUUCUGUAUCUUCACGAUCGGCACCCUUUGGGUAUUAGACAGCACCGGCGCUGCGUGGCUAAAUCAUGGAGGCGAUUUGAGCAACACGAGAGGUGCUCGAGAAGAGAUGUUGAUCAGCCCGUGGACCGUCCGGUUUUUACGGUUGAGAUGGAAGUUCUCCGCUGGAAAGGAUAUUUCCGCCACCCCGGCGACAGCCAACGGCGUCGUGUAUUUUCCCUCGUGGAACGGCUACUUGUAUGCCGUGAAUGCGUUCUCAGGCAGUUUGAUAUGGCAGCAAAACCUAAGCGAGUUGACGGGGCUUAGGGGCACGGGGACUGUAGUGAACGUCACGGUCUCGAGGUCCACCCCGACGAUAGCCGGACGCCUCCUGAUCGUCUCAAUUUAUGGACCUGCAGUUGUUAUCGCCGUGAGCCGAUUCAACGGGAGGCUAAUUUGGUUGACACGGCUUGAUCCACAGCCUCUAGCGGUGAUAACGACCUCUGGAACGGCUUAUAUGAGGGCAUAUUACGUUGGAGUAUCCUCGCUAGAAGAGACCUUACCUGCUGUGCAAUGUUGCACCUUUAGAGGCAGUUUGGUUAAGCUAAACAUUCUAUCCGGAGCAAUCCUAUGGCAAACCUACACCCUCCCUGAUAACGGCGGUAAACGCGGAGCCUACGCUGGAGCCGCCAUAUGGGGGAGUAGCCCCGCAAUAGACCCCGAGAGGAGGCUCGCUUAUGCAGCUACAGGCAACCUAUACACGGCCCCGCCCGAGGUGGAAGAAUGCCAAGAGAGGCAAAACAAUCGGACAACCCCGCCAAAGGAGCCCGACCAGUGCAUCGGGCCUGAUGUGAACUUCAAUUCUAUCAUGGCAUUCGAGAUCGAGUCGGGAAGGAUCAAGUGGGCGCGGCAGUUAGGAGGCUACGAUGUAUGGUAUGCAGCUUGUUUGGUGCCCAACAAUCCUGAUUGUCCAACUGGGCCUAACGUGGAUGCUGAUUUCGGAGAAGCCCCAAUGCUAAUCACGAUUUGUACGAACGGAACUGAGCGCGACAUUGCGGUCGCGGUACAAAAGAGCGGCUUUGCUUGGGCUCUGGAUCGUGACACUGGGGAGAUAGUAUGGUUUAGACUGGCGGGACCUGGUAGCGUCGAAGGGGGAGGCAUAUGGGGCGCGGCCACGGAUGGCAAAAGGGUCUACACUAACAUCGCCAACCGCGAUCGAGAGAACUUCACCCUCUCUCCCUCGACCCGAACGACGACAGCAGGCGCUUGGGUCGCCCUGGACGCAAGUUCUGGAGAAAUAUUAUGGUCCACAGCUAACCCAAGCAACGAAACCAGUCAGGGGCCGGUUUCUGUGGCGAACGGGGUCGUGUUCACAGGUUCCGUGGCUCCGGAGGGGCCCGUGUAUGCGAUGGACGCCAAGACGGGCAAGAUACUGUGGUCAUACAAUUCAGGAGCCACGGUGUAUGGAGGGAUAUCAAUAAGUUAUGGGUGCAUUUAUCAUGGGAAUGGGUACAAGGUGGGUCUAGUUUCACCGUUCCAUCCAACUUGGACUGGAGGGACUGAUCUUUAUAGUUUGUGUGUCUAAGUACGAAACCUAACGGCUAGUUUCUUGCGUCACAAUCCAUAUGGAAACAAGUUGGUUAUACAAUGUAUCCUUCACUUCAUUCUCGAGCCAAAAGUGAAUUAUUAAGUAUCAAGA